AUGCACACCGCUAUGCUUUCUCGUUCCCUCCAGUUGAUGGUGGCUGCCAGCUCCAUUGUCAAUCUGGCUAUGGCCGCUUCCCCCGUCGAAAUCCUUGCGCAGGGCUGCAAAGUUGAUGUUCAGGUCUUUGACAACCUCCUCAACACUUCGAACUACGCCGAAUUCGACAUUGCCCAGCUCGCCGAAGCUCUCGAGCAGCCUGUCGAAACCGUCACCUCCUGGAGCCUUGACACGCGCCAGUACAUUCUAGCUGAGCUCAAGCGGGAGAUUACCAGCACCGUUGCUAGCAUGGGAUACGAUGUGGGGUCGGUCGAGCCCGAGGCAGACUCCGGUGCUCAUCUCGACAAGCGUGUCGACGAGCGAGAGAGUUACAAGAGCCACGAGCGCAAGCUUCUCUCGCUCCAUAACGCACGCGUUCGCUCCGCCGAUUCCAGCUGCUUCAAACACGUCGCCUGCGGCUCCUGCGUCGUUGCGGCCGGUCUUGCUGGCACGGCCGGAAUCCUUGGUUGUGUUGGCGUCGCCGUAGACGCCGAGAUCCUCACGGCUGCUCCUACCUUUGGCCUCUCCACGGCUCCCAUUUGGAUCGCGCUUGGUGAAUGUGUGGCCAAAGUGAGCAGUAUUGCUGCUGCAGCUUUCGGAACUUGUCACACCCUUCUCUGA